GAGCCGGAACGCUCCGCGCGCGCCGAGAGCCGCACGAUGCGGACGUGGACGGGCGGACUGGUCAGAAAGUCCCGCUACUUUCAUAUAGUCUAAUAUCGUUAGUGAGAUGUACAAGAGCAUCAGCACAGAAGGAUGAAUUAACAGCGGGAUUUCUCGGAAGAUUCGCGGCACAGGCGAUGAGCAGUCUCCUGCUCUCUCUCUCCAGAACACGAGCAAGAAGUGAUCUUUCUCCCCCUCCGCUGCUUCUUCUCCGUCGAGGAGAGAGAGGACUUCUUGAGGCACUUUCCCCACCCCAUCGAUGCCGGAUUUCGCCGUUCUGCGGUAAAACACUAGUGCGUCGACGGCCAAUCGGCUGCUGGAUGAACCAAGAUUGCAUUUUGAUGGGCUAGGUGUGCUCCUGGACGCGUUUCUUGCGGACCCUUUUAGAUUUUGAUCCAUGGCGACCGGUGACAUCUUGGGCUCACCUUUCUCCGGCUAGCGUUCUGUUGGGGGAAGGAUUUCUUUGUUCCUAGGGACCUCGUUGAGUUGUUGAUGGUUUGGGGAAAUCUGUGGAAAUUUGUGCAGCGGGUGUAAGGUUUUUUGAUUCGGGUGGUUGGAUGGCACCGGUAGGUGGUGUUGUGGAUAUCAGCUCCGACGAGGAGGAUUCCCCCGUGGGCAACAAGUUGCCCCUCGACCCGCUUGGAUGGGCGUCUGACCUUUUCGAUGUGGAUGAUGAUGCAAUCGGGGACGAUUUCGAUGAUCUCAUGAUUAUGAGUGAGUUGUCGUCUCCACCGGUGCUGCAGAAGACAACCAAGCCUGAUGAUCUCCUGAUUAUGAGUGAGUGGUCAUCACCACUGGUGCUGCAGAAUAAGACUAAACCUGAUGGUGGUCGUGAUGAGGACGACGAUGACUGUGUGGUUCUAGACGGCGACCCUGAUAAGGUGGUUACCGUUGCUGAGGAGGAUGGCAGCGAGGGAGAUGGCAGCUCGGAUGAAUUGCAGAUAGUCGCAGAGAAAGGCCAGAUAGCAUGCAGGGAUUUCCCUCACUCGCGCUAUUUAUGCUCAAACUUGCCCUUCAGCACUACUUCUCAUGUGAUGCAUUGCAGCAUGUGCCACUGUUUUGUAUGUGAUGCUCCAGCGCCAUGUAACUAUUGGGGUAACGGAACCUCGGUUGCUGAUCAUUGUCAUGCUGUUGAUAAGGAAACAAAGUGGAAAACACUUAGGCAAGCAUUCAAGUGCAAAACUCUGCCAGCAUCUGGUCCAGAAAAACACCAGAAUGCCAUGUGCUCAACAGUGAUGUCACCCAGACAGCAAGCGCAAGUUAUGCAUCAUCAAGUUGCAGCCCCACAAUCGCUUUCAUCUUCAGUACCAAAUAUGGGUCACCCUUCUCUUGCCAACCGAAGUCCUCUUGCGAGUGAAGUGAGUCAAAACCAACAAAGGCAUCCCUCAGUAAGAGUCUCACUGAGUGUAGCUGGAACUGUCAGUACACCAAGAGCUGGAAGAGGUACAGGCAAUGCUCACAUCGCUCAAAAUACUCAGUCGCAUGCAAUAUUCAAAAGAGUAGGGGUUGUCUCUCCAGGUGUCACAACCACAACCGUUAACCGAUUUGGUUCUGCUGCUACUCCAGAUAAUUCCCUGAUGCAUCAGACCUUGACACAUGUAUCUCAGCCAGUUCAAGUUGCACCAAGAACUUAUUCUUUCACUGGUACUGCUCAGAACAAUCCCCCUCAAAGAUCUUUCAGUGCACCAAUAGCAUUUCAGACACGACAAGGUCAACCAGCAGCAUAUUGCCAUGUUGCUUCAAAUGGAACGAAUGUCAUAGGACCGCAACUUUCGCAAUGCUCCUCAUUGACAACUCAGAGAACACAAUGCCUGCAAGAACCAGUAAUCGAUGUCUGCACAAAAAGCUGGGAAGACAUACUUGCUAGUGUGGCAUCUGAUCUGUUCGAUAUGGGGGUACCAGAUGACAGUAUCAGCACAGCACAAUCUCAGCAUUUAACGACUAACUCUGGACCUGUGCAUUCCACUGUAAGCCAGGGGUUAGGUCUUCAGCAUGAGUCCGUUGCAGCAACAGAGAACUUGACAUCUUCUCAUGUCGAUGAUUUAUUCAAUCAAACAACAGGUGGCAAUGUUCAGGCAGAUGGUUCUCUUCAAACAACACAGAAUUGGCACCAUCUGAAUCACCAGAGCAGUCCUGUUCCUAGCGAAGCUCUUCUGAAUGAUUUUGCGAGUGCCCCUGCUGAUGGAGCUCAUCUGAAUGAUUUUGUGAGUGUCCCUGCUGAUGGAUUAUCAAUAGAAGCUGCUCAUCAUAGUGAGGUACCAAGGCUGGAGUCUACAAACAUUCUACAUAGUGAGGUACCAAGGCUGGAGUCUACAAACAUUCUAUUCGAAUUUGAUUGGGGUUAAGCGGUGCCCUGACAGGCUACCUUAACAAUAAAUCGGUGGCACCGACAUGCCCCUUUGUAGGUCUCCUUCAUAUGAGACAGAGAGGUGAUGUUCCUUUGUACACUUUGUAUAUUCUGUGGUAGAAAUGUUCUGCUUCAUGGUUGUUGUUUACCUGGC